AUGGAAGCAUCAGGAGGUUCCCUUCAACAGGAUCAGAAACAUGCUCUUAAUGAUUCAGGCAAAAUAUCUAACACUGACUGGAUAACUAACGAGGAAUUUGGACGUGAGGCAUUGUCUAGUUAUGGCUGUUUUUCAAAAAACGUUUCAGAAAAUGAUCAAAAGAAAAUUUACGAUGGUCCAAAGAUUGUUUAUAAUGAAAUAGUUCCACCAACACCGUUAACUGAAGCAUGGGAUUGUUAUGAUUUUGCUAAUAGGAUCAGAUUACUACCGGGACAACCCAGAGAACAUGUGGUAUUUCAUUCGUACUGGAGAAUAGAUUUAAAAGAAAUAGGCGAAAAACAAAUUGCCACUUUGAGAUCUUUCUUUGCCACACAAGAUAAUAAUUAUUCUUCAUUGAUCCUUUGGUCAAAUGGAAAUCUAUCAAAUGAUAAAGGACUUGAACCAUUUUUUGAAAAAUACCCUGAUAGGUUUAGUACAAGGUUGUACGAGGUAGAGAAAGAAAGUAGCGGUACCCCGAUUGAAAAUUCACAAUACAUAAAUAUUAAAGAUGAUCUAGCAUAUUUGGAUGGAGACUUGGUCAGAUUGUUAGUUUUGUACAAGUAUGGAGGUGUGUGGUUUGAUAUGGAUUCACUUUUCAUAAGGGAUUUUUCACCGUUAGUAGAACACGAAUGGGUUGGACAAUGGGAUUGUUUUAUACCUGAUGGAUUUCCAUUUAACGGGGCAUUUAUGAGAUUUCGUAAAAAUUCACCGUAUGUAUGUGAAAUGCUGUCAGAAAUACACAAUGGACCACAACCAGGAAAGAAUUCAUUUAAUUGGGGAUCUUAUUUGUAUUUAAAAAUUUAUAGGAGAUUGAUUCAAAAUGGUAAACAACCAUUUAAAAUCAUUCCGUGGUGUUUCACCGAUUCGCACGUUUGUCGUCCUAGUAAUAGCAUGCCAAGUGCUUUUGAAGAGAAUGAUGGGUUUAACAAAGAUAGAUUAUUACAAACAUUUGCAUAUCAUUGGCAUAAUCAAUGGGAAAAGAAACCAGGUAGUUUAUUCAGAUUUUUGGAAGAAAGACAUAAAGUCUUGGAUCUUGAAUAA